UGCUGGAGGGACAACAGUAAGACAAGUAGGGAGACACGAGGUUUUGUAGAUGUUGGAAUCUGGAACAACAGAUAAUCAGCUGGAGGAACUCGGCCGGACAAAACCCGCUGAGUUCUUCCGGCAGAUUGUUUGUUAUUGUAAAAUAUGAGUUCUCGGGAGUAUAAAUAUAAUAGACAACCAAUAUAAGAUCAAAAGGCUGGCACUCCAUUCUUCCUGCCUGGUAUCACCUGGCCUUGCUGAAAUAGGCAAACUCCGAGAACACAUCCUGGAUAUCUAAACUCUUAAUUGCUUCAGUGACCUUUCUGUACUAUAAUCCAGGUGAAAAAUAAUCCAAAAUGAAACAAAAAGAAUACAAAGAAGCCUUUGUCAGUAACCUGAAUGGUACUACUCUGACUGAGAAUUCAGUGGCUUUGAUUUCAUGUGCAUUAUGUGUCGUCUAUCGAGGACUGGUUUUAAUGUAUUUCUUUGGAGGAGCCACAGAAUCGGUGUGGAGAAAAUUCCUGUUGAUCGACUUUGUUGUACUGGUGGCACUGCCUGUAUUCUUCUGCACUGUUUUGUCGGAUGUGCUUCACUGGAUAGUGCUGGGUCUAGUAGCUGUUUUGGUGAUAUCUAUAUUUCAGGUAUACUGUCAGAGAAAAAGGAGUAUCCAUCAGAACUUCAAAGAAAUCAUGGCAGGAUUUUUGGAAACCAGUCUGGAUAUGGAUCAUAUUCCCUUUGUCACCUUGUUUCGAGUCUAUGUUAACAUACUGACUAGCAUCUGCAUUCUAGCUGUGGACUUUCCAAUAUUUCCAAGACGUUUUGCUAAAGCUGAAACAUAUGGCACUGGGUAUAUGGAUUUUGGUACAGCAGCUUUUGUAUUUUCAAAUGCACUUGUUUCUCCUGAAACAAGACAGAGGAACAAAAUUGUAUCACAUUCUAAAUUGGUUUCUGUAGUGAAACAGAUAAUAGCAGUCUGGCCAUUAGUUUUCUUGGGAUUAGCUCGUCUAUUUAGUGUUAAGACUGUGAAUUAUCAUGAGCAUAUCUCUGAAUAUGGUUUGCACUGGAAUUUCUUUUUCACACUGGCAAUAGUUAGGAUCCUGUCAUCUUUUCUUUUGAUAUUAUGUCCUGUCAGAAGAUCAUGGAUUCUGCCAUGUGGCAUUGCUAUAUGUUAUCAAUUACUCCUUGAAACAACAAAUUUGAAGCAAUUCAUAUUACAUGGCAGUGAUGGCAAAGAUACCAGGGAUGGGUUCAUUAAUGCUAACAGAGAAGGACUCUUUUCAAUGUUUGGAUAUGUAUCUAUUUACAUGGCUGGUGUUCAGACUGGCAUUUUUAUUAUGAAGAAGAGGAUGUUGGUAAUAGACUGGAUAAAAAUUCAGGGUUGCCUUGCAGUGAGCACUUUGCUGUUAUUGUUAAUGUUGCACGUGUGCGAGGUAGUCACAGAACCGGUAUCGCGCCGGUUGGCUAAUCUCAGUUACGUCAUAUGGACAGUUGAGCAGAGUUUAUUUUUUAUCAGUGUGAAAAUGCUUGCUGAUUUUGUGCUGGUAUUUGUCAAAUUUCUGUCAGGGAUGACUAACGUGCCAUGUUCAUGGAACAUUUUACCGGAUUCUGCCCGACAGAGAAAAGAAAGGACUUUGUUCAAAAACAAUGCUGUGGAAAAAGUAGAUAAAACCACGAUACAUUUCUGUCUUAUCGAUGCCAUAAGCAGAAACCAACUACUGUUUUUCCUGCAAUCUAAUGUUUUGACAGGUUUGGUGAAUCUUACUGUAGAUACUAUUCAUACCAACACAUUUAUUUCCUUAUUUGUACUGUUGGUUUAUACAUUAUGCAAUUGUACCUUUGUAUAUAUUUUGCAUAUCAAAGACAUUACUUUAAAGUUCUGGUGAUUUACAAUAUCCAUCCUUAAUUGUCUUUAUUUCAACUUCUAUUUCUGGAAAAUAAACGGUCUAGAUGGUUAAGGUGCACAGGGUAAUAUAGUAACGGGUAAUGUGGCUAAGCAGUGGUACACCUUUAAGGAAAUUUUUGCCAUUGACUUAAAAACUCUUUAAAAGGUUGAUCCAUCAGCAGCUUACUUAAAGGAAAGUAUUGCCUCCAAUUGAAAGGUAUACUGUUGUAAGUGGUAAGCCAGCAGAGUGGGGGCAAAAUUUAGAAGGCAGAAAAGCAUAGCGGAAGAAAGUAGACUUAAGAGUAAAUAAGUAUGAAAUAUAAAAUUAUUGAGCAAGCAUUUCACCCAAGUGUAUAAAGGGCCGUUGAUGGGCUUAAGUAAAAAUUGAGACAGAGAAAUAAAGAUAAAAUAACUGGUAGAGACUUUCAAUGAAUAUUUUGUAGGUAUUUUCAGAGUGGAAGAAAAUAAAAUUAGUCAAUAACUAAUAAUCAACUUGGGUAGAAAGGGGAGGUUGGAAUUUUUAUGAAAUAAUUUUUGCCGGAAAAUAUGUGCAAAAUAAACUAAUGGGACUUAAGUCUGACAAGUCCCUUGGACCUGAUGGCCUGUAUUCUAGGUGGCUGUAGGGAUACAAUAUACAUACCGGAGUUUGGAAGACCAUAACAUAUAUUGCAGAAGCAAUGACUACCAUUAAGGAAAUGCUAGAAUCUGUAGUUAGCAAGUUGUAGAAAAUUGUAUUA